AUGAACUCUCUUUUCAUAUUCACCGUCGUUAUUUUCCUCAUAUGCAUAAACCCCACCGGAGCAGCCACGUGUCAUCCAGACGACGAGGCGGGUCUUCUAGCUUUCAAAGCGGGUAUAACCCGAGACCCGUCCGGUAUUCUCAGCACAUGGAAGAAAGGCACUGCUUGCUGCUCUUGGAGCGGUAUCACUUGCCUCACCGGUGACCGCGUCACCGCACUCAAUGUCGCCGGACAGUCCGAUAACGCCGGAAGCUUCCUAACCGGCACUCUCUCGCCGUCGCUAUCCAAACUCCAACACCUCGGCGCGAUUUACUUCAACAAUCUCAAAAACAUCACCGGACCUUUCCCACAGUUUAUUUUCCAAUUACCACUGCUAAAAUACGUUUACAUCACUAAUAACCGUCUCUCCGGUCCUUUGCCGGUUAAUAUCGGUUCGAUAAGCCAGUUAGAAACGUUGGGUCUCGAUGGAAACCGGUUUACCGGUCCAAUCCCAAAUUCAAUAUCGAAUUGCACUCAGUUAUUUCAGCUCAAUCUCCGCGAUAAUCUCUUAACCGGAACUAUCCCACUAGGGAUGGCUAAUCUCAAGCUCUUGUCGUCUCUGGAUCUCAGCGGUAACCGUCUCUCCGGAACCAUCCCGGAUAUUUUCAAAUCCAUGACGGAGCUCCGAUUUCUCACUCUCUCCAAUAACCAAUUGUCCGGAAAUAUUCCUCCGUCGAUUACAUCGCUCGCACCGAUUCUCAGGUUCCUGGAAUUGGGCAACAACAAUCUCUCCGGGACGAUCCCAAGCUUUCUGUCGUUAUUCAAAGCGCUCGAUAGAUUGGAUCUCUCCCGGAAUCGAUUCUCCGGCGUCGUGCCCAAGAGUUUCGCGAAUCUCACCAAAAUUUUCAAUCUCGAUCUCUCACACAAUCUCCUAACGGAUCCGUUCCCUGUUCUGAUCUGUCGUACAAUCAAUUUAACCUGA